AUGAACGAGCCAACAUACGGACGCAAUAGACAAUCCAUCGCAGACCUAGAACAAGAACUGUACGAUAUAUUCGAAAAGCACCCUCAAUCGCAUACAAACGACGAUGGCGAACCCGUCAUCCCAGGCAACUCGCUCGUCGACGUGCUCCGAAGUUUCUCGCAGAACCACGACGCGGUCGAGCUCAUGAGCAAGGACGAGGAGGACAUGCUCACCCAGCUCAUCGAGGGCAACCCCGAUCUCGCCGUCACGCCCCAGGUUCUCCUGCAGUUCAUCGCCAUGCGGACGACCACCGCCAGUGGUCAGCACAGCUCGGGGGGCUCGUCACCGCACAGCGCGGAGGAAUACGACGACCGCGGACGAUCGUUCGACCACGACGACUACGGUGGCCACUCGCGAUCGUCCAGCAGGGACUCGGUCGGUACGUCCAUCUACCGUCCGUCCUCGCGCGGGCCACCGGUUCCGCCCAAGACGCCGACGCGUGAUUCGCCUUUCGACGGGUCACGACGACAGCGAUCCACACCGCUUGGCAACGCAGCGCCGUCGAGCUGGACGCGCAGGCCACCGCCGUCGAGGCGCAAGAGCGACGCGGGUUCUCGCAGUCGCGCACUGAGUGAUUCCGAGUCCGUGCCCCCAACCGCGUUCGGCCGCACGCCGGGCCGCUCGCGCGCGCCUUCGAACCCCACCAGCCCGAUGUCGACCCCUUCGGCGCUGCCGUACGGGGCCACAUUCUCGCGGCCGCACUCGCGCGCACAGUCGCAGCCGCAGUCGCACUUUGAGGACUUCCCCAGCACGUCGUCGCCUGAGCGUGAUCUCGAGUACCGGUCGCAGCAGCAGGCGCACAACCUGUUAGGUCUAAUGUCGCCACCGCCGUCGGACCAGUCCGAGUCGUCGUUCGAGGACGAGUACGGGUUCACGGCACGCAUCUCGUCGCUGCCGAUGCCGCGUGCUGGCUCGGACGAAGAUUCGGAUUCGGACCGCGACGAAGACUCAGUGCUCGGGCUCGUGCUUGACCGGUCGGCAGCCUCAUCUACCGUUUCGCUGGACCAACAGGAGCGACUAGAGGGAUUGCAGCGGGCGAACGCGGAGCUUGGGCGGAAGCUGAUUGAGGCGGAACGAACACUGCAGAACAGGCUGGCAGAGCACGAGCUGGAGCUGGAGGAGAUGGAAAACAGGCUCGAAGAGAUGAAGAGUGAGCUGGGUGCGACGAAGAGGGAGGAGAAGGAGCUCAGGUCAAAGGAGCGCCAAAACUCCAGCCAGAUCUCCGCGUUAGAGUCCGAGAUUGCUAAACUGCAGAAGAGUCUGGAGACGGCCCGUGUGUCGUAUCAGAGUCUGCAAAAGCAGUAUCAAGAACAGUGCAGUGAGUCCGAGCGGUACCGCAACGCGCUCCGUCGUAGAGAUGAAGAGAUCAAGGACUACCAGGAUGCCGCAGCGCUGCAAACAAUUGAGGCCAACAAGUUCGCACGCGAGCAGUCGAAUUACGAAGAGCGGAUCUCUAUCUUGGAGAGUGACCUCGCCGUUGCCCAGCAAGCGCAGUCACAGCUUGACGAGCAGAAACAGGAGAAUAUGAUGCUCAAGGAAACGAUUGACCGUAUGCGCUUUGACAUGGACGAGUUGCGCAAUACCGCAGGCAGCCACCUGCACCAGGGCAGCAGCGGGAGUUCAAGCGCGCACGGCACUCUGAGUAAGAGCCUUGGCGCAGAGCUGCUGGGCAAGCUCAGGUGGGAGAUGGACGACCAGGAGAAGGAAGACUCAGAGGCAUCUAGUGAUCUUUCCCACCUUGAGGACGAAGAUGAAACGGAGGGAGAGGAUGUCGUCCAGACUAUCAUCACUCGUACGAAGAGGAAGGUGGCCAGCCGUGCCAAGACCAUCGAGACGGUCAAAGUGGACGAGGUCAAGGAGUAUUCCGACACCGCAAUUCAGUACGACUUCUCAGGAUUUUUCACGUCGUCUACGGUGCAGACGGACCCCGAGCUCAAGAUCCUCACCGCGUCAUUCAGCACCCAAACCGAGGAUUUGCCAGUCGUGUCGAUGUCUAUCCAGACUGAGCCCGAGCCUGAGCUCAAAGCUGAGUUGGCGGUGGAGACCGUGAAUAUCGAGAUCCAGACCGACGAGCCGGAACUGGAACCCUCCACUUCAUCGGAUGACGACGAGACAUUGGCGUCAUCUUCGUCGACGCUGCUGCCCCCUACGCCAAAGGCGCAGCACGACGAACUCCACCCUCAUACGCAUGACCUUCCACCGUCUUAUAACCAAGUUGCUGGUGUAGACCGCGAUGAGCUUGCCCUACGCGUCGCGAAUGAGACCCUGAAGCAGUGGCACAAAGGCCUCAAGCUGCCUAUUGAGCCCGUCGCAGGGGGUAUCUCAGCGGAUGCAGUCGAAGACUGGAGAGCCCUCAAGGAAGAACUUGGCGUCGAAUGCACGGCAAUCGACCGGAUCGUCGAGGAGUCGGUGCAGAAUGGCCCAGCUCGCUCUGCAAAGGAGGAUCGUCCCCGUCCCCGCAAGAGCAGUAGGUUCUACAACAUCUAUAACACCUACGUGUACGGAAGAGGUGAUCCGGACGGCUCGUCGUCUUCGUCGGGUGGCCAGAUGCUGCUUUACAUUGGUGCUUCGGCUGCUGUUGCGUUCCUUCUUGGUCAGGCUAUGGCACCGCAGUACGUCAUUCCCGGAGGAGCUACAUACUACGACCGCGCUGCCUGGACGAGUUUCAACACCAUGCAAGCUGCUGGUGAGGGGUUCCCUGGAGAUAGUGCCGCUGUCUGGGGGUUCCUUGGCCGGCUUGGUGGAGGAGCAGCACGGACUCUGCGCGGCUGGCCGACGUAG